AUUCAGGAUUUGUUUCACUUCUUUCAUACUCUAGUUCGUGCAGUUAGAGCAGUACUUUUAGGAAUUCUUCUAACUCGUGCGAAUUACGUAUUUCAGAAAUGGCUCUGAAAAGAAAGUACAACAAGAGGAAUACAGCUACUAGCCAGAGGGCUACCAUUGAUGCAACUACAGAAGAGAACACUCAGGCUCAGACGGCCGCCCCAGCUAAUGCUACAGCUACACCUCCCAAUGCUUCGGACGCGGAUGUUAGAGGAGCUAUUCGGCUACUCACUUAGAUUUUGGCAAACUAGGCCCAGCGACAAGAAACGACCCCUAGCUCAGGUGCUAGUAAUGGGUCGAACAGUUCUAGGACUCAGGAGUUUCUGCGGAUGAAGCCGCCAGUGUUCACAGGGUCAAAGAAGGAUGAGGACCCGCAGAAUUUCAUUGAUGGACUCCAGAAAGUAUUUCGUGUGAUGCAUGCUACUGAUACAGAGGCAGCGAAAUUUGGAGCUUUCCAGCUGCAAGAUGUGGCCCAUAUUUGGUAUGAGACAUGGGAACAGUCCCGAGGGGAGGAUGCACCUUCUGCUACUUGGGAUGAAUUUGCAGACGCUUUCAUUGAGCACUUCAUGCCAAUUGAAGUCAGGGAAGCAAAGGCUACUGAGUUUGAGAAUCUAAGGCAGAAUGACAUGACUGUUCAGGACUAUUAUCUCAAGUUCGUGUCAUUGUCCAGACAUGCUCCUCACAUGGUUCCUGAUAUGAGGGCCGUGGUUAGAAGGUUUGUACUUGGGCUUAAACCCGAAUUGCAUAGGGAUGCCAAUACAACUGCUCAGAAUGACAAGAUGACUAUUUCCAAGAUACAAUCAUUUGUGCAAGGUAACGAGACUAGGUUGAAGGAAGAAGAAGCCCUACAGAAGCAGAAAGAUAGAGAGUUCAACAAGAGAGCUAAGUCUGCUGGUAAUUUCAGUCAGAGAGGAUCUCAAGGAGGUGGAAACCAUUAUUUCUUUAAGAAUAGGUCAUCAGGACCUGCUCCAUCUAUAGCUAGUGCUCCAUCUCAUAGACCCAAGUUCAAUCAAAAAGGCAAAAACUUCAUAACAGCAGGCUCACAGUCAUAG